AUGUAUUAUGAUACUAAUGUAAAGAGAUAAAAAUGUCAUACAAGAAUUAUUGAACUAAAACGUUUUUCGUAGCAGAUAAGAAGUAUAUAAAUAUAUUUAAAAGAAACUAAUAUAUUUAAAUAUAUGUAAGGAAACUAUAUUUAAAACUUACUAGUUUGUUUAAUUUUUCUAUUUUCCAUAUACUAAGGUUUAUAGACAAUACUUUUUUUAUCAUCUAUAUAUAAUGUAUAUACGUUGCAAUAAUUAAAAUUAGUAGCAUUUAUAUAAAUAGUAAAGAACUUAUCUGUCUAUUAAUACAUCAUUCUAAUAACUUUCAUUGAUAAUUCUAAAUUUUUGAACGGUUCGAUUAAUCUACUCCCUGCUGUGUUGAAUGCAGCUAAAAUACGUACGAGAUUUUGUAAUUACAAUUUAUAUAUUUUUUUUUUUUCGAAAUAAUAGUUCAAUAAUAUCUUUAUAAAGAUCAAAAAUUUAAACAUAACGAUGAGUGAAAAGAAUAUGGAAAUAUCUAUAAACGAUGUUGGUGUGUCAAAUGAAUUUUCAAUAAAAAUACGAAUUGAUUCAUUGAUCAAAGAGUUUUUCGAUGAAAAUAUUAUUGACAAGAAAUCUCGAGAGCAAUUAUAUUCUUGGAGAUCUCAAGAUACUAAACUAUCUGUUAGUAAUUGGUCAAAAAAUGCAACCUAUAAUGAUUUGCAAAAAAAAAUAAAAUUUUUGAAACAAUCAAUCUUACAAUAUAUUAAAACUGGUCAAAUUUACAAACAAAAAUUAAAAAAUUUAGAACUAUUAAGAACGCAGAAAGAACAAAAGGAUUGGGACGAUAUUACAUGUAUAAUUGCAUUAUAUGAUAAAAACUUUUCCUUUGGACAAUUGAGAUACUCCACUCAGAAUCUAACAAAAGAUAUCAAGGAUUGUUGCCAAAAGUAUACAACAUUAUCUAAGGAAGUUAGAAAUAUGAAAGAUGAAUUGAAUGAAUUUACAAUGCAGUACAAUAUGGAUUGGAUAAAUUCUAAUUCCAAUUUCAUGAAUUUAUCUAAUGUAAUUAAUAAUAUAAAAAAUAGAAAUAUUGCUUCAUUAAGUGCUAUUAGGUCAGCAGAGGAUACAUUACAAGAAUUACGAAAUAAAUUAAAACAAACUGAGAUAGUCUUGCAAGAUCGCAAAAAGAUAAAAGAGAAUGAAUUUUUUCGAAAUAUUUCUUAGGAAAGGUGGAAUAUAUAUAUUUACAUAAACUUACCUCCUGUCGGUAAAUAGAAAACCUAUUAAUAAUUUUUGAUGAUGCUAACAAUUAUCCAUAUAUUAUUUUAAUGUUAUCUGCCGACA